AUGGCAGGAACAAUCAUAGAGAACAUGAGCACUAAGAAAUUGGUUUUCUUUGGUUUCUUUAUUCUUGUUUUCCAAGUUCUUUUCAUCAUGGUUGGAGCACUAAUCGCUCCCAGUCCCACCAGUGCUAUUCGCUACUUGGCCACCAAAUGUAUUAAUCGCCACAGGGCACAUGCCUGGCUAGUGCCGUGGGGAUCAAAUCGGUGCCAGCAGAUCCACAGUUUUGAUGAGCCUCUGGCAAAAACACUGGAUGCCAACGACAUUGUUUUUGCUGUGCACAUACCUCUUCCCAACAAGGAGAUGAGUCCCUGGUUUCAGUAUAUGCUUGCUGUUCUACAGUUUGACAUUGCAUUUAAAAUUAUCAAUCAGAUUGAAGAUGAUGCUAUCAUCACCAUUGAUGCUGGCCUUGCAUACAGGGAUGAUUUGAUAUCUGAGUGGACCACAAAGUUUCACUCAGUGGAGCAAAGGCCACUCAGGUGCAUAUUUGCAGUUUCCAAGACAUAUGAAAAUGAAGGCCGUUUUUAUCAUUGUGACCCCAUACCAUUAAUGGAACUGGAAAGUGUGGCCCACAAAUAUUUUUUGAUUAACCUUCGCUUGCCAGUGAAUGACACAUUGAAUAUAGGAAUUGGAGAAAUAAAGGACAUCCAUUUAGUGGGCAUACACCAGAAUGGAGGCUUCACUAGAGUGUGGAUCAGCAUGAAGACUAUGUUCUGUCCCUGGAUAUUUGUGGCAACAGUUUGGUACUGGCACAGGAUCAGCCUCAUGGCAAGACAUCCAGUCCUUUUAGAAAAGGUGAUUUUCGCCCUGGGUAUUUCUGUGACGUUCUUGAACGUGCCGGUGGAGUGGCUCUCCCUGGGCUUUGAGUGGACGUGGAUGCUGCUAUUUGAAGAUGCUCAACAGGGCGUCUUCUACUACACACUCUUCUGUUUCUGGAUCAUCUUCUGUGGCGAACACCUUAUGGACCAAAGUCAGAGGAAUCAGCUUUCAGCGUACUGGUGGCAGGUUGGGCUGGUGAUGUUCAGCUCAUCUAUUCUUCUUAUAUUUGACCUGAGUGAAAGGGGGGUUCAUUUGACCAACCCUUUCUACAGUGUUUGGGCAUCAGAAAUUGGGAUGAAGGUGGCAAUUACUUUCGUUAUUGUGGCAGGAAUUUCUUUUUGUCUGUAUUUCCUCUCUUUGUGUGGCAUGGUGCAUUGUGUGUUCAGGAACAUUGAUGGGAAAAUAAACCAAUUUCCUGAAAUGCCAGAGGCUAGGAGACUGCGUUAUAAGGGUAUAGUCUUCAGGUUCAAGUUUUUUAUGCUGGCAACUCUAGCAUGUGCAGCAAUGACUGUCAUCUUCUUUAUCCUAAAUCAAGUCAGUGAGGGGCACUGGCACUGGGGAGACCACACUCUCCAAGUCCACAGUGCUAUUCUCACAGGGACCUAUGGCAUGUGGAACCUGUAUGUUUUCACCGUUAUCUUCCUCUAUGCGCCCUCCCACAAUUACAACAAAAGAAAGUCAGGAGAUGGUCAACAAACAGAUGUGCUUGAGAAGGCAGAAAGCCAAGAGACCCAGCUGACAUGUGGAGAGCAAGGGCCAACCAAGACCUACAGGAUCACUGGGAAGGUGACCGAGGAAUAA